GAUGUAACGGAUUUUUGGUGCGGUGGCGACCAACUGUGAUAUCGCGGGUAUUGUGGAUGUGAUAAACCUGUUUGUAGAUCUUAAUGAGUGGGAGAUGAUGCCGACGAGCUCGCGGCAAUCGGGCACGAGCGGCGAUGGGUUUGAAUGGAGCAAUUUAUUGGAAGUUGUUCAUGAACCAAUUGAAAAAAAUUACACAUUGCUUGAAGAAAUUGGAAAAGGACAAUUUGCAGUUGUAAGAAAAUGUGUGGAACAAAAAACUGGAGUGGAGUAUGCAGCCAAAAUCAUGAGGAAAAGAAGAGUUGCCAGAGGGGUUGCUGCAGCUGACAUUGCUCGUGAAGCUGGGUUACUAGCUCAGCUGAGGCAUCCUAACAUUGUAUCUUUACAUAAAGUAAUAGAUACUGGCACUACUGUAGUAUUAUUAUUGGAAUUAAUUACUGGAGGAGAAUUGUUUCAUUGGACGCCAUCAAAUGAGGCUGAAGCUGCCCAUGUAGUUCGACAAGUCUUAAAAGCACUAAGUCACUUGCAUUCCCAUCAAGUUGCACACUUAGAUAUUAAACCUGAAAAUAUUCUGUUAUGCUCCUCACCACCUAUGCCUAACAUUAAAUUGAUAGACCUUGGUCUGUCACAUCAAUUGACACCUGGUUCAGAACACCGAGCUCUUUUUGGAACUCCAGAAUUUGUUGCUCCAGAAAUAGUUAACUAUGAACCACUUAGUUUAGGGACUGAUUUAUGGGCUGUAGGUGUUUUAACUUAUAUUCUACUUAGUGGCGCUUCACCAUUCUUAGGAGAUGAUAAACAAGAAACGUAUGCCAAUGUUGCAGCAUGUCAAUACCAAUUUGAUGAAAAAUACUUUUCAAAUAUUUCUGAAUAUGCUAAGAAUUUUAUACAAUCUUUAUUAAUUAAGGAUCCAAAAAAAAGAGGAACAGCAGAAUCUUGCCUGACACAUCCCUGGAUUGUAACGGAAACACAAGCUUCUGAGGGUCUCGAUGAAGCCAUUCUUAAUGCUGUUAAAGGUGGAUGCAUCGAAACUGUGUCGCGUUUAUUACGCCAAGGAGUACCUCUAGACGUACAGGAUUUUAACGGAGAUACGUUAUUACAUAUUACAUGUAAGUCAGGUGACGAGGGAGUGUUAGCUUUAUUAGUAGAUCAUGGAAUAGACUUAGAUGCGACUAAUAAGGAUGGCUUGACACCACUCCACAUUGCGGCGAAAUUCGGUCACAUUGAUGUCGCAAGAUUUUUGUGCACAGCUGGCUGUGAUGUUGACAAAACUAAUCGGGGUAUCCGAGCGGAUGUUACUGCUAUCAAAUACGGACACAUAGAUAUUGCGAACUUGUUGGACAAAUUGAGGAAUUCAAAUCACCGAGAAGUUUACCUAAAACAAUUGCAAUUCACGCGAAGACCAAUUGAUUGCCUACAUAUUCGUUUGUUAGGUCACUGUGCGUCAGGAAAAUCUUCACUCGUCAAUUCUCUUAGAAGUAGUAUUUUUAAUUUUGGCUUCUUCAAAAGGACGAAAAAUCAGAAUUACAGUGGAAAACGCGAUCCAAAUAUAGAAUUAGACGUCCCAAUCAAACAUAAUUCCCUUAGUUUUGAGCAUAGCGACAACGAAUAUGAAAGUACAAUUGGCGUUGAGAUCAAUCGAGGAAAUAUAGGUGGCGACUGCGUAUUCUGGGAAUUAUGCGGAAGAGAAGAUUAUUUAGUAUCCUAUCAUCGGGCAUUAAUGGUUAAUCAACCAAUGCAAGUAUAUUUAAUCACCGUUAGUUUGCGUCAGCCGCUAACAGUUCAAGUGCAGCAAGCGCGCUUUUGGCUGCAAUUUAUUAUGGAUCGCAUACCACCUGAAAAUAUAGGCUUUGCUGGAAAGUGUUUCGAAGUACAAAUCAUCUUAGUUGGAACAUACGCUCCGGAGCCCCCUCCGGUUCCGACCAGUACGAAUGGUGUUAAUCUUCUUGGGCCUCUAUUAAAUUCUUUAAAAGAUUACACUUCGUUAUUAGGCGAAGAACCUCAAGUAGUUGCUCUCGAUGCCACUAAUCCGUCUUGCCCUGGAAUAAAAUUACUUCGCACUUAUUUGAAUGAUUGCCGAUCGAAAUUUCUUGAGAGCCCACAAGAUCUGACGUGGAGCGGCCUCAUGGAAGCGUGGAAAGUUCACAUGCAAUUAAUGGAAGAACCUCCAAAGUUAUUAGAUUUCAAGGGAUUCAUCAAUCAAGUUCGACAAGUAAAUCCCUUAAUAUCUUCGGAACAUUGCAGACAGCUUGGAGAACAGUUACAAGCUAGCGGAGACUGCCUUAUACUGCCGGGUGAUUUGUAUGCAUUGAAUCUAGAUUGGCUUUGGCGUGACGUGAUAGGUUGGCAAUUGAAUCCAGAGCAGAAAAACCGAUUAGGUAUUCGCACAACAGGCGUUUACACCGUGGAAGAUUUUCAAGCUCGAUGUCCUUGUCCAGCCAAUCAAGCCUUACAAGUAUUACAGGCUUUUCAUUUAUGUGUUCCGUGUGAAGUAGAUGAUGAGGAAUUAGAAUAUGAGAUACCGAGUUUAAAUCUCAUCGAAAGAUUGCCAGGAUUGUGGGAUUCGUGGCCGUCGUCUAAUAUACUUCUGAUACCGCACGUAGGUUUUCGACUGUUUCCCAUGGAAGCCAGAUUGUAUAAUUUGCUGCCUAUCUUCCCACAUUUGCAAGUACAAUUGCGAAAGAUAACGCAAUCAUGGGAUUGCCAUGUGGGGGAGUCCGAUCUGUACCAAUGGUGGCGAGGUUCAAAAUUAUGUUUGGGUCCGUGUGAGUCAUUAAUAACUUUAGAGGAAGAAGAGCAAGGUUGCAUCCAAGUGUGGGUUCGUGGUCCACGUGGCAUGGGCUUGCAGUGUUUCUCGUUGCUUAGCAUUGUUGUCGACGCCGUUGACGCGGCUAUAGAAGUUGUUGCGCCUGGUUUGUUAUUAGAGAGACAUUGGCAAAGCCCGAGUCAAUUGCGAAAUUACGACGAGGUCAUACACUCGUGGGAGCCGGCGCUUAUAAACUCGGCGCUGUUAGAGAGAAGUUUUCAAGAGGCGUGUUUUAAGAAUCCAUUUAAUGGUCAAAGAGAGAGUGUUUGGGAUAUCAUUGGCUGUGGCUUAACGUCUAUGGAGAAUUGCAUUCCUGGUGUUAAGCAGCCAGCAAAAUAUAUCAAAGCGGCGAUUCAAAGACGAUUGGCGCAAUUGCUCGACCCUCCCGACUCGUUUGGCAGGGAUUGGUGCUUAUUAACAGUUAGACUUGGAUUAGGCGAUAGAGUUGCUCAAUUUGACAGUACAAUCAAUAGUCCUACUAUAAGAAUACUUAAUUGCGCGGGGCCCGAAUGCACGGUCAGCAGUCUCAUAAGGCAACUUCGUGCGCUUGGAAGGGAAGACGCCGUGAAAGUCUUGCUGUCAUUUACACCAACUUACGUAAUGUCGAUUGCUAUAGAGUCUGAUACUGGAUCUAAUCUCUCGAGAUGACGAUCCUACUUUUUUUAAGGAGCUUUUUUACUUUCUUUUCUUUUUUUUACAACUUUUAAUACAUAACAGGAAAACAUCACUUUAAAGUCCAUGCGCACUUCUCUUUUAUUGCUCUCUCACUUUGCUACAAUCUCAUUUAUAUUAUUAGUAUUAAGGGUGGCGGCAUAAAUGCCACAGGCGCGAUUGAAUGCAACACUAUACAGAACAACUUCGCUUAUAGAAAUGUUUCAAUAUCAUUUUCUUUUUUAUAUUCUAAUCAUGCGGACCAUUACGUCUCCUUUAUACACACUGGUUACAAUUUCGAAACUGUUUUGUAACAUUAUUUUUGCUAUGCUUUUUGUCACAAUCAAAAUGUUUUUCUAUAUUUGUUACACGGGUUGUAUGUACUUAGAUAGCGUUAAGUAUCAAACGACCCUUCUUUUUUAAAGUCAAAAAGAUAUUUAAAGUUACAAGCCAUAGGGUAAAAGUUCUACACGCGAUGUCGAACGAGGCGAAUAUUUCUUAUGUAUUUAUUAUGACUUAUCGUGGGUGCUUAAAAGUACAGUACUCGUACGUGCUGUGCUGAUGAAGUGUCUUUUUGUACUAAUGAUAUAUUGUAGAAACAAAUUUUUUCUUAAUAUCAUAUAGACUAUAUAAAAAUUAGUCAAAAAAAAGUAAUUUAUCUAAAUCGAUGUUACAUUCUAUACGCACUGUAAUGCAAUUCCAGUUUUUUUUAAUAUUGAACAAAACAACAACACGCAAUCUUUUUACGCUUAAAGCGGCACAAAAUAAACAAUUAAUUCUCUAUAUAUUAUAGGGAAUAAGUUGGCACAGCAUUUAUAAUAAAAUUUCUACUGCUCUUUUUCUGACUCUAACAAAAUAAUAAAUAAUAAUAAUAAUCAUGUGCGUCAAACUUGAUUGGAAGAAAUAAAUAAAAUAUUCUAUCUGCGAUUGUGAUGUAUGUCAACUGGCAGAACGUACAUAAAAAAACUUUGUAUUUUCACACGUGAUAAAACUUUGUUCUAGACCUUUAUUGUCACUCGUCGAGAGAGAGUUAACGCAAGCAGUGUCGUCCGUUUGAUCUCUUUUAUACUUGCGCUCUAGCGAAGCUUAUUUAUA